AGGCAACAGGGCGGGCGGCCUUGUCAGCCCGUACCGCAUCACAGGCUACACUAUGAGCUCGUUACAGGGCGCCUCGUUUAGCAUUGGCAGCAGCGCGGGGACUGUGACGUCCGCCACCGGCUCCACAGUGAUCCAGUUCUCGCGCACAACUGGCACGGGGUCCAUUCCCAUCAAGAUGAGUGGCGUCAGCCGUCUCAUCUGGGCUCACUCCAACUCCAACUCCAAGACCCUUGCUUUCCACGGCGGUGCUGAUGGUAGCAUGUCAGUGGACUUUUCCUGCGCCACUGCCCCGUCGUCCGGCGGCGGCGGGGGCGAUGAUAAUGGCGAGGGGUAGAGGGCAUACGCUGCACAGCACAGUGCAGCACACACCACACAAUGCUCACUGGGAGUUGUGCAUGGUGGAUAUGAGUUGGUGGUGGUGGCGAUUAUCAGGAGGGUUGAGAAGGGGAGGUGUGAGUCUAGUAGUGUAGACGUAAGUAGCAGGCUGGACCACAGGCAUCUUUUGGAGUUGUGUGUGCGAGAGGCUCCACUGCACAGCACAGCCUAAAAGAUGGUUGUGAUGCCUUGCCCUGUAUGCCAUAGAUGAGUUGCACUGUUUGCUGGUUUCCAACCGUGAUGUAUAAGUUUUAUUUGUAAAAG